UCUUCUGAAAAAAUACACAGAAGUGGAAUUUCUGGAUCCUAUUAUAGUUCUUUAAAAUUCUUGAGGAAUGAGGUGCACUACUCUUGACACAAAGUUUACCUGGUGCUGUUAGGUGAAUCCAUCCAGGAUCUCUGUGAAGACCUCCAAAACUGUUAAAACAUAAGGGUAGGGACUUCCCUGGUGGUCCAGUGGUAACGAAUCCCCCUUACAAUGCAGGGGACCUGCGUUCAAUCCCUGGUCAGGGAACUAAGAUCCCAUGUGCCGCAGGGUACUAAGCCUGCGUGCCACAACUACUGAGCUUUUGCACUUCAACUAGAGCCCGAGUGCCGCAAUCUACAGAGCUCACGUGCCCUGGAGCCCGUGUGCCACAACUAAAGAGAGAAAACCAGCCCGCCACAACUAGAGAGAAGCCCACGCACCACAAGCAGAGAGAAGCCCAAGCUCCACAGCAAAGAGCCCGCGUGCUGCAACUAAGACCUGACGCAGCCAAAGAUAAAUAAAAUAAAUAAAUAAAUAAAUAAUAAAUCUUAAAAAAAAAUAAGUGUGAGAUCAUGACUCUCAUAUAGAUAUAAAAAUGAGCACAGGCUAAGUAUUUUAUUUCAUUCAAGAAGGAACCUGCAACUGUUAUAACCGGUUCAAAAGAGAAUCUGAGAAGCAGACACAUUACAGAUCCGGACUAUUGAAAUGAAUAUGUAAAAAAAGAAAUGAAGGCAAAAUUGGAUUUUUCCUGGGUAGGGUUUUGGCGAGUCAACUGAACUUCCUACCAAGUGGACAGAAUUUCUUGUUACCUACAACCUUCAAAGACGUGUAAAACAGCUUGAAGACAAAGAAAGGGCUGAAAUCAACGCGAUGAGCGAUGUCCUCCAAAUAAUGCUUAGUUAUCCAUUGAAACACACAAUUUUUUUUCCACACACAUAAUCCUCUUCAGGAAGUAAAGGAAUGGGCCCAGAGCCGGCUCCUCCGGCCCAGUGGCCUCGUGAGGCGGAGAGGAGGGACCCCGGGAGAGGAGCGCGCCGGAGGAGCAGCCCCCGGCCCGGAGCCUCGGGAGCCCGGGGCUGGUCAGCGAGUCCCGACGGGGUCCACCGUUUACAGUCUACGAUUUUUCCAAGAGCAGCAGAAAAUGAAUGAAUCCCAGGGGCCAGUGUCAUUCAAGGACGUGGCCGUGGACUUCACUCAGGAGGAAUGGCAGCAGCUGGACCCUGAUGAGAAGACAACCUACAGGGACGUGAUGCUGGAGAACUACAGCCAUCUGGUCUCCGUGGGGUACGACAGCACCAAACCGAACGUGAUCCUCAAGUUGGAGCAGGGAGAGGAGCCUUGGGUAGCAGAUGGCGAGUUCCCACGGCAAUUUCACCCAGAAGAAGUCUGGAAAGUUGAUGACCUGAUGGAGAGAGCCCAAGAAAAUAAAGACGAAUGUUCAAGGCAAGCUGUUUCUAUCAACAGCAGAACCCUGACUGAGGAGAGAGAGGUUGCAUUUGAUAAAACUUAUAACAUGGAAAUAAGCCUUGUUCCUUCAAACCUAAUAUCUCAUAAUUGUGUCUCAUGUGGAAAGACUUUGGGAUCUACUUCAGAAUUAAUUAUUAGUGAUGGAAGCUAUGCAAGAAAGAAACCUGAUGAGUGUAGUGAAUGUGGGAAAACAUAUCAUGGAGAGAAACUCUAUGAAUUUCAUCAAAAUGGGGAAGCCUUUCCUCAAAAUGAAGAAAGUAUUCAGAAAAUUAGUAUUUUGGAGAAACCCUUUGAAUAUAAUGAAUGCACAGGAGCCUUAGACAAUGAAGCUGUUUUCAUUACUCAUAAGAGAGCUUAUAUGGGGGAGAAGCCCUAUGAUUGGAAUGGUUCUGGAUCAGACUUCAUCCAGAUGUCAAGGUUUAAUGUAUACCAGAGAUCACAGAUGGAAUUGAAGCCCUUUGAAUGCAGUGAGUGUGGAAAAUCCUUCUGUAAAAAGUCAAAAUUCAUUAUACACCAGAGGGCUCACACUGGAGAGAAACCUUAUGAAUGUAACGUAUGUGGGAAAUCCUUCAGCCAAAAAGGAACCCUCACCGUACAUCGGAGAUCACACUUAGAGGAGAAGCCCUAUAAAUGCAAUGAGUGUGGGAAAACCUUCUGUCAGAAGUUACAUCUCACUCAACACCUGAGGACUCACUCAGGAGAGAAACCCUAUGAAUGUAAUGAAUGUGGGAAAACUUUCUGCCAAAAGACACAUCUCACCUUACACCAGAGAAACCAUUCAGGAGAGAGACCGUAUCCAUGUAACGAAUGUGGUAAAUCCUUCUCCCGCAAGUCAGCCCUCAGCGACCAUCAGAGAACACACACGGGAGAGAAACUUUAUAAAUGUAAUGAAUGUGGGAAAUCCUACUACCGAAAAUCCACCCUUAUUACACAUCAGAGAACACACACAGGAGAGAAACCCUAUCAGUGUAGUGAAUGUGGGAAAUUCUUUUCUCGGGUGUCAUACCUCACUAUCCAUUACAGAAGUCAUCUAGAAGAGAAGCCCUAUGAAUGCAAUGAAUGUGGCAAAACCUUCAAUCUAAACUCAGCCUUCAUUAGACAUCGGAAAGUACACACAGAUGAGAAACCCCACGAAUGUGGUGAGUGUGGAAAGUUCUCAUAUCUCACCGACCAUCACACAACUCACUUAGGAGAGAAACCCUAUGAAUGUAGUGAAUGUGGGAAAACCUUCCUUGAAAAUUCAGCCUUCGAUGGGCACCAGUCACUUCCCAAAGGGGAAAAGUCCUAUGAAUGUAACAUAUGCGGGAAAUUGUUCUCUGAGCUGUCAUACUAUACUAUACAUUAUAGAAGUCAUUCAGAAGAGAAGCCCUACGGAUGUAAUGAAUGUGGGAAAACCUUCUCCCAUAACUCAUCCCUCUUUAGACAUCAAAGAGUCCACACAGGAGAGAAACCCUACGAGUGUUAUGAAUGUGGGAAGUUCUUCUCUCAGAAGUCUUACCUCACUAUACAUCAUAGAAUUCAUUCAGGAGAGAAGCCCUAUGAAUGUAGCAAGUGUGGGAAAGUUUUCUCUCGGAUGUCAAACCUCACCGUACACUAUAGAAGCCAUUCAGGAGAGAAGCCCUAUGAAUGUAACGAAUGUGGGAAAGUCUUUUCUCAGAAGUCAUACCUCACUGUGCAUUAUAGAACUCAUUCAGGAGAGAAGCCCUAUGAAUGUAACGAAUGUGGGAAGAAGUUCCAUCACAGGUCAGCCUUCAAUAGCCAUCAGAGAAUUCACAGGAGAGGCAAUGUGAACGUACUUGACAUGGGAAUGCUCCUCUGAAGUCAGAUCUCAUUUUAGAAAACCCUCUGCACAUAAUGAGUAUGGGAAGUCGGUUGGGAGUCAGGCAUCACUGUCUGAGAGUUCAUGUUUCUGAAUGAGGAAAAGCAUUUAGGUGUUAGAUUUAUUCUAAUCUGAAUUUUCAUAGAGAAGAAUCCCUAAAACUGCAACAAGAAGCAAAGCCUUCAGCAAGACCCUACAACUCAUUGGACACUAGACAGUUUAUAAAAGAGUGAAACUCUAUGAAUAUUUUAUGUUUAUUUUGGAUUCCAAUUGUAUUCACAUAUCAGGGAAUCAUACCAAGGUGAAACCUGUCAAAGUGAUGAAUGUGUAAAAUACAUUGUCUUGGAAAUUGUUAUACUAAAAGCCAUAUUUCUGAUAUAAAAUCAGAUGUUUUUAGGAAUGAUAUCAGAAGCUAUCAGCUCUGAAUAAACCUUCAUUGCAGAAAAUGAAGUUUUAAAAUCUUCUGGAGUUGAUAAUGAGGAUUGUAGCAUUAAAUAUGUAUAUGGCAGUUUCUAUCACGUUUCCAAAAUGUGAUUAAUUCUAUGCAAUUCUAUGCAAGUUUGGAUUUGAAUAAUUUGUGAAAAAGCAGUGUUCUUAUUUGAGUAUUAAGGUGGCAAAAUGUACUAAUGUAGGAUAUAUUGGUGAGGUGUUUGAUAGGUACAGAAUAGUUAAAUACAUAGUUUUCUGUUCUUCAGAGGCAUUUACAAAUGGUUUUUAAUGAGUGCUUCAUCAACAGAGGAACCAGUGACUUUUGUGAAGUUUCCAACUGCAUUUGAGCAAAAAAGACUUAAAAAUACUAUUUUCAUAAACUAUGCAUAGAUCAUUUGGAAUCUAGUCUGUCCAGUGAAGGAUGGCUGUACUGCUCAUGCUCUAUAACAUAGGCCCAGCUCUCCUACCACUCUUGUUUUUUAACCCAUAGGUUUCAGUGUGCAGUAUGCCACUAUUUUGUAAUCCAGAAAUUUUACCUGUGCUUUUAUUUGAUAUGAAUAUGAUGUCAUUAUUUUGUGCACUGCCUCUUAUUCCCAGUAUUUUGUAACAGAUUAAUGCAAGCUUCUAGCAGACAUUUUUUGUUGAUUAACCUCAGUGUCCUUCCUCUCCUCUUUACUUGCUGGAAGAGUUUAGGUAUCUACUAUUCACAAGACACGGAGGGUAAAUCCUGAGUAAUCUAAACCAAUCAUGCUAAUUUCAUUAUGAUCACCAGUAACUCGUUUAUAGUGGUCACAUGACCAAAUCCUAGGCUAACAAAACAGACGGUUUCUGGAAAAAAGGUAAAACAGUGAUCAAAUGGAUCUUACUCCAGGAAUUUGAGGGUAUUUUAAUAAUUAAAAAACCAAUCACUGUAAUAUAUCACAUUGAAGAAAAGUAGUCUAGUGUGCAGGAAACUUGUGGUGAAAUCAAUAUCCAAUUGUGUUCUUAGCAAACUAUGGAUAGAAAGGAACUUCCUUUAUUGGAUAAAGAGUAUCUUAUACUACAACAAACAGCAUAUCAAAUGGUGAAAUAUUGAAAGUUUUCUCCCAAGAUCAAAAAAAGAGGCAAGGUUAUCUGCUAUGACUAAUUUUAUUCAGCAUUGUGUAGAAGGACCUAGCCAGGAAAGUUAAGGGAAGCAAAAGAAUGAAAAGGCUUAAGGAUUAGAAGAAGUAAAACUUUUAUUUGCAGAUGACAUGCUUUUAUACAUAGAAAAUUCUAGGGAAUAUUCAGAUAAUUAGAAUUGAAUAAAUUGAGCAGAAUCCCCGCAUACAAGGUCAUUAUGCAAAAAUUGGUUUUUAAUAUAUUUUCUGUGUUUCAACGAACACAGAAAAUGAAAAGUUUUAAAACAAUACCACUUACAGUAAUAUCAGAAAUCCUUAAGUGCCUGGGGGGAAAAUUACCUAACACUAUAUUUUCAAGAAUUGUAUCCAGGGGGGGGAAAAAAUUACAGAACAGUAAGAGGGAUAUAUCCUGUUCAUGGAUUCCAAGACAAUCUUAAAAAGAUGUCAGUUUUCCCCAAAUUAAUUCAUACAUUCAAUGCAAUCUUAAUCAAAAUCCUAGCAAGUUUUUGUAAAUGAAAAUUCUCAGAUCCAUGUGAAAAUUCAAAAGACCAAUAAUAGUCAAAGCUAUUUUCUAGAAUAGACAGAACUAGAGAACUUAUAGUGCCAGAUAUCAAGAGCUGUUACAAAGCCAUAGGAAUUAUGAUAGUGUGGUAAUGACACAAAGAUAAACAAAUUGACCAGUGAAACAGAAUAAAGAUUCCAGAAACACCCAAACGUAAUUCAGUCACCUAACUUUUGGUGAAGGUAAUCAUCAUAAUGUGGGAAAGGAUGUUCUUUCCACUAAAUGCUCUGUCAUCAUUUAAAUUUCAUAAUUUAAUAGAAAACAGAAAAAUCAGUUGAGGUGGAGUGCAGUUUUAAGUAUGAAAUUAAAAUAAUAAAGCUAUAAGAAGACUAUAAUCUUACAGCAAGCAAAGUUUUCUUAAGACUCAGAAAGCACUGAAUCAUAAAAUAAAGAUUGUUAAUUUGAAUAUAUUACAUUAAAGAACUUCUGUUUCUCAAAAAGCCACCAUUGAGAAAGUGAACAGGCAGACCACAGAGGGGAGAAGAUGUUUGCAAUUCAAAUAUGUGGCAGCAGAAUCGAGUGUAAAAGAGGGCUUGGUAAACGUUUUUGGUGAGGGUCCAGAUAGUAUUAAUGUUUGGGGCUUUGUGGGCUACACAGUUUCACUCACGACUACUCAACUUUGCUGUCGUAGUGUGAAAGCCAUAAAUAAGACAAAAACGAAUGAAUAUGGCUGUGUCCCAGUAAGGCUUUAUUCACAGAUACUGGUGGAGGACAGGAUUUGGCCAGCAGGCCAUAGUUGCUGACCGCUGAUCUAAAAUAAAAACACCUACAAAUCUACAAGGAAAAAAAAAAAAUGGGCAAAAGACUUGGACGUCCACUUCAUAAAAGAGGCUAUCCACAUGGGCAGUAAACAUGAAAAGGUAUGUUAAUUUUAUUAAUAAUCUUGGAAAAGGCAGAUUUAAAACCCCGUGUGGCACUACUGCCACCCUCUGAAGUGGUUAAAAUGAAAAGCAUGAAAAAGCAAGAUUUGGCAAGAAUGUAACAGGAACUUGCCUACACUGCUGGUGGUAUUGCCCAUUGAUAGAACCCUUUUGGAAAGCUGGCACUUAGAGCCAAGCCUGUGUAUGUACCCUUUUAACAAACCCAAACCUAGCAGACAUGCAUGAAUGUGUCCACUGUGCAUGUAUAUGUCCACCAAGGGACAUGUCCUAGAAUUUUCAUGACCUAAAACUUCAAAAAGCAACUCUGAAGGCACCUAUGCAGUAGAACUUUGAACGUCGGUGGUGUGUUUCCACCACAGAACGCUGUAAGGCAAGGAGAAUGAAUGGGCAGUAAGCACAGGCAAUAGCAGCUCAGUUUCACAAAGAAUGCUAAAUGAAGGAAUCUAGACACAAAAGCAAACAGGUAAAGUAUAAGAACAGGUAAAACUUGUCUAUGCAGUUAGAAAUCAGGAUAGCGGUUAGCCUUGGCCAAGGCUGACAAGGAGCAUUCAUCUGGUGCUGGUAAUAAUUGGUUUCUAAAUCUAGGUGCUGAAUAUCUGAGUGUUCUGUGCACUCGAGCUUUGUGUGUUUUUCUGCAUGUAUAUUACACUUCCAUAAAAUGUUUUUAAAAAUCACAAGUGUCUACCAUUUUUGUUGCUCAGCACUCUUGCCAUAUUUUUCUAGAUGUAUAUGAGUAUGCUGCAUAACAGGAAUUAAUUGGUAGAUUUUGAAUAAUUUUGUGCAGGAAAUACUCUUAGUUUUAAUGGCAACUACUAAGAUUUCCUACACUGACCGUAAAGCUUAGUAUAAUGUAUAUUUUCAGUAAAUAUUUGAAAAGGUGACAGGGCCAUUACAUAUGUUGUCAUCCUACAGUUCGGCAUAUAUAAAUGCAUCUGGCACAUAUAAAUAGGUCUGGACUGCCUCUUCAAUAAAGAACUGAUGUGUGUAAACCUUUCAUAUCUUCUCAGGCGAAUUGUUUUUUACAUUCCUGAAUUUGGGAUGCAUCUUAACCGUCACCCUGUCAUAGAGGUGACCUUUCUUUGAGGUUAAGUAUAACGGUGAGUUUGAUUUGAUAAAAUUUUUUAAAGUUUUCAAGUUAUCCUUUCAGCAAAUUUAAAAUAGGCAGUUAACAGCACAAACGUUAGUGAUUGAAGGAUAUAGUUAAUUAAGACCUUGCAGGAUAAAAUGUAAGAGCACUCAGCAUGGGGAAUGGGGGAUGCUGGCUGGGUUUAUGGCACAACAAUGAGGAAUUAUGACAUUUGAUGGUGUGGACUAUGUACUUAGUUGUUUUUCUUAAUAUAUAUUUUAAAUUUCAUUUAUUUUUA